CACAGAGAAAGAGGAGCAGUUCAACUGGACCCCGAUCUCCGACAGUUCUGGUUCCUUCCUUCUUGCCCCUGUCACUGAAAUCCACUGAACAGAGGAUCGCUGAUCGCGCUCUUCAACGCGUCCGUUCAGCACCCACACUGUCUGGCUGCCACUUUUCCUCGCGGAACAUCUUCGACCAAAGGAAUGGAAUCGGUGCAGACACCGCACAUGGCCAGCACGCCAACGACUCCCGUACUUUAGUUUCCUCGGUGGGAGCAGCUUUCUUGAUUUCCCACACCUGCUGUGCCGGAGGGUUUUCUCCCGCUUGCAACUGGGAGCUCGACACUGUUCCGUUAAGACCGAAAACCCAGCUAGCUUUCGAAGAACUGUCCCUCCUACCUUGUAGACCUCGAAAUUCCGUUGUCUCCGCGAACUUUCUGUUUUCACCUCGGCACAGACGAGGCUGACGAGUGAUGCUGGUGUCUGUUUUUUUCACUGGGCUCCCUCAAAUUCGACGGCUUCCUCAAAUUUAGAUCGUUGCACGUUCUCUCACUACGCAAAACUGCCGGAUCCUUCUUCACUCAAAGCCAAUGAAUGUAGUUGAUGCGUCUGCUGUUUCCCGACUCUCUCAACCCGGGUGAAAAGACGUAUUGCCCAUCAGCUCUGUCACCGUGUUUCCAGUUUUUUCUUGGGCAGACAACAAAGGAAAACGAGUGCGCUGUAGAACUUUAACUCGAGUAGCACUUCGCAAGAAAAGUGGAUCGGCUUUUUCUCAUUACACGACUGAUUCUGCAGGACUGCCUGGCCUCCAAAAAAGCGCGAGGCCUCACCCUGCGACAAGUUCCAAUUGAGUGUACGUACGUACACGGAAGAACUCUGUUUCUCGUCGACUAGCCAGACAAGCGGCAAGGAGGGGAGACAGAGGAGAAGUUUAAGGUGGAGGUGGCAAAACUGGUAAGAUCCUGAGGGAAGGAAACCGACUCCCAUCGUCAAAAUCGUCCAGUUCCACCCCGCGGCUUUAAUCCUUCAAAUGCAUGCAAAAAGCCACACAAAGUUUCGGGCUCUUGCAUCUGUGGCUGUCUCUCCGACUCUGUCUUGUCUUGGCAUUUCGUUGUUUUUCCUCGAAUGUCCUCUCCAAUAUACACCAACAAGUCAAGAAGGAACCCCGCAACUUUCCUCCGUGGCCGCUUGCAGCUUCACCAUUCAAAGGUUCGCUUUUCUAAAGAAAUCCACGGUCAUGCACGCGUCUCUCGCGCCCGUGUCGCGUGCCGAUUGUCGCGACGCUCACUCGAGGUGACUCUGUUCCGCGACACGGCAACUCUCUGGUAAAAUGCGAAACCGACAAUGGAAAGGUAGCCUGCUUUGAGUCGAACUCGAUUUCAAGAAAAGUUCCUCGUUUCUGGAACUUCUCGACCUCCAUUUCCCUCCCGUGUGUCGACAAGACAUACACCGAGGCCGCUAGAACGCCUCCCGCACUGGUGUAUGCGGCGAAAACAUCCAAGUCGCUUCUUCUGUUUUCGACCUCUGCGGACGAUUCUCGAUACACACGAGUGACUUUGAAAGUCUUUGGCUUUCCUCGAGGUCUGGCGACGUUGGCGCGGGCGUGCUUCCGAAGUUCGCCCAAUUUUUCUGACUCUUGCGAUCCGUUGCCUGUCUUGCAAACAUCCCAGAAAGACAUGACGCUCCUCCGCUCCGUCAGGUGUAUGAACACUGGCAUACACUGACACAACUCGUUUUCGUUACUGGAGGAAGACGCCGCAAUGCGUCUUUCUUGCACGUGGCCUUUCCGGAGACUUCUUUUUUUCGCUCGCUUUUCUCUGGCUGCGCUCAAGAACUACAGAAACUGAAGUGAAACACCGAACGCGCUACACCUCAGGGGAGCAGAGACACCCUGCGUUUUCCCCUUUCGGCUCCCGUGUUCUCUGUCUUAAUUCCGGAGGCCCUUCUUUGUUUCUGCUCUUUCUGUCGCCAAAAGCGAGGCGUCAGGCACAGAGGAAACCGAAGGUAGCUUUGCCGCCAGGUGUCUGUCUGACUUUUCUUCUUUUUGAGCAAGGAAAACCAUCGCAUGCAGCGAGGACACAGAUACUCCGACGCGGCUUUUCACACUUUUUUCUUCUGCACCACAGCCCCAUGAAGACGAUAAAACCGCUCCCUUCUUUCUGCGGAGCUGCUGGGUAAGCCAGCGGGCGCCUCCACUGAAAACAACGCCUUUCUCUCGUGCCGACCCUCUCUGCGAAACCGAAACUGCUCGAUGACAGAGUGCAGCCACCUACCAUUGCGUGUUUCUUGCGGGGACGCCUCUCUCUGUGGAGAAAAGACGCCGGCGUCUGGGGGCAGAGAAAGAAGAAAAGACAAAGGAAGACGAGUUGAACGGGCACAACUAGUCCACAUCCAACGUUUCUGCGCGAUCUCCAAAAAACUAUUCGGGUGUACUCACACCUCGUCAGGCCUCCAGGAAAGUUCCUCCAGCUUCUCAGGGUCACCCGGCUCUCUUCGAGUCGAGUUUCAAAGACGUGGAAUCGCACUCUUCGCUUCUUCACGAAACUUUUCCACGCCGAGGUCGGAGACAGUGCAUGAGCCCUGAAAAACACAAGUGGAAACCGGGGGACACAACGAGACCUGUUCUUCUUCCCAUUCUUCUCCACCCUCUUCUUACGCUGCUAGGUCUCGCGUCCCCACAGCGAUUUCCACUCACCCUUCUCUCCUCUCUCUUUUCUCUUCUUCUACUUCUUCCUCUUCUUCCUUCUGCUCCUCGUUCGCUUGUGCUGCUGCUGUCUUUGCUCCUUUGACGACGAAAGACUCAUUCGAGAACCGGUCUCCGGGGAGGGGCAACUCGCUCCGGCGCCGUCUCCGGGCGUCUUGGAUCGAAACGAGGAGACCUUGGUGUCCGCUUCGCCUGCCUCUGCGCAGGCGUCGGUGAGAACCGCGAGUUCGGACGCUUCUCGUCUGUCUCUGCCGCCCUGCCGUCUCCUUCUGGGCCAGCGCCGGCGGGGGUACGCCAGCAGCAGCAAGGUACAUCGCCUUGUGCCCACCCACGCAGUCGAGGAGAGAGCUGUCGAGGUUUCAGCGUCCAGCCGAGCAGCUGGGAUCCACGACGAGGGGAAGAAGACCUCGCAAAGUUCCGCGUUUUCUUCUCUUGGCAGACAACGGCAAGGGGAAGGAAACGCGACACUUAGGUUUUACGCCGUCGAGGUCACUUCCGCCAACCUGCCUGCUCGUUCAAGUGCCCCGAGAGCAGGAGAACGUCUCCACGGACGGCCAGGAGGCCUCUCGCCGUUCCUCGUCUCCGCCGCGUCUUCGUCUGGAGAGCUGAACGCAAGGUCUCCACCGCAAGCGAAAGACACAGCGAAAACAGGCUAAGGCACCAGUCAGCAAACAGUAGAAAGGAAGAGAGGACAGAGACACCGACGGAGAAGAGGAACGAGAAGAAGGAAUCCAAGACGAAAGCGAGGGUGGAAGAGACGCAGGAAGAAAGGAUGCAAAGGAAGACAGAGGGAAGAGAGCUGUUUCUUCAGGAAGGUCUCCGAGUGCAUGCAGAGGGAGUGGAAAUGGAGAUGACAGGACGAACGGAAAAAUGCACCCGAACGUCUCUGCAGAGCAGCUGAGGGAGCGAGACGCAAGUGACAAAAUGAGGAGAAAGAGGGGAAGCAGAGGAGAGGAGGAGACAGGUGCGGUGAGAGAGACAGGAAGAACAGGCUUCACUCAACGGAAAGACACCCAUUCCAUACCAGAGGCUCCCCGAGGAAGAGGCAGAACUCGCAGACCAACAGAAAUCGAACAGGCGCGCUUUGGUUUCUUGGGAGUCUCGCCAGAGUCCAGGGAGGCCACUGGCUCGCGCAUGCGCGUUGGCGGUCCCACAACUUUGAGUCUGCAGCAGCCCUUGCGUCCGCAGUCGCCUGUCCACUUUUGCGCUCCUUGGAGAGUCUCCGAAGAAGACAGAAGGAGAGACGAGGGAAGAAGGAAAAAAGAGAAGUCUCAGCGCUGGGUUCCUCCCGCGCCUGUCUGGCGGACAUGGAGAGGAAACUGUUCUGCGAACCCAAGAGCCGGCAGCUUCAUGGUCGCAACGGACUCCAACUAUCUCGAAAGAAUCAGACGGAAGGCCCAGCGAGACGCGUUCCCCGCCUAUGGGUUGCGGUCGCAGACUCAGCGAGUCGCGGACGCAAAAGUUCUCAUCAGUGCAGCGAAGCGCGCCGGAGACAUACGAGCAGCGGGAGAAAAUCUGUACAGACUGGGAGUUCUUCUCGACAACAAACGCCGCUGGGUGCAGGCCAGAGAGGCCUACAGAGAGUUCCUUGCCUGCACAGAAGAGCUCAAAGACGAACAGCUUCAGGCGCUCGCGCACAACUGUCUCGGCAUCGACUACCUGAGAUGCGAAGAGUACGAGCAGGCGCUCAAACACCACACCCAACAGCUUCGCCUCGCUGACGAAGAAGGACAAUACGUAGCCCACAUGAACAUCGGUCUGGUCUACGGCAAACUGGAUAAACCGGAAGAAGCGGCAAGACAUUACAGAGCAGCUGCAGACAUCGCCGCGAAACGCGGAAACUUGCUCGGCCACAGCCUCGCUGUCGGAAAUCUCGCGUUGACAGUCUUUCCUUCUGGCGAUCUGACUACAUCGCGACGCUACAUGCAGUACCACGUCGAGACCAUGGACGAGUUGUUCUCCCCAGGGUCCGCGACAGGAAAAGAGUUUCAGCACAGCGGUGCCUUCGCCUCUUUCUCGCUCGACUCUUCCUAUCCCUCUUCCUGCUCUCCAGCUUCGACGUGUGACCCGCGGAGACAAGUGAAACACUCUAGAGAAGAAGAGAGAGAAGGAGAAGAGAGAGACGGAGAAGAGAGAGAAGCAGCAAGAGCAGAAGGAGAAGAAGAGGGAGAAGAAAGAGAAGACGUAGGAGGAGAGAAGAAGGAGGGCAAGCCGACAGAGCCUGGUAGACGUAGCAUGCCUCGCGUCUCCUUCCGCAGCUCUGUUUCAGACAAGCAUCAGUUGCAGGGAGACAAAAUGAAGGCAGGCGAGAGACGAGUAUUUGAAGAGACGGCGGAGGCGGUUGAGAGGCCUUUUUCCUCUCCAGUUUCGUCUCGGAGUCACGUUUCGCCGUCUUCACCUUCUGCGGCUUCUACGUCUCUCUCGCGUUCUUCAGAGCAGAGGACCUCGUGGGAAGAAGACCCUCCCCUGCCUUCUGUUUGCGUCGCCCUUUCAGAAGAUACUUCUCAGCUGUUGUUGGAGGAGACAGAGGCGCGAGGCGGGCGGGAGAGUCGGCAGGCGAGGUCUCUUCCUCGCCACGGGGCUGCUGUUCUUGCAAAUCUCGAUUCACAGCACCACCUAGGAAAGGUCGACGCGGCAAGGGGCGACUACGCACAGGCUGCUGCGCAUCUCCGAGAAGCGAGGCUGAUGGCGAAGAAGGCAGGAGAAAGAGCUGCAGAGAUGAAUGCGAAUGUCGCCUAUGGUGUGGUCUGCGGUCGCAUGCAUUUCGAGGAGAACAAAAAGCGCGUCCUGUCUCAGUCGUUCGAGAUACAAGCGGCUUUAAAUCUGAAAUCGAAACUGGCGUCUCUCCCCUGUGCCUGCCCGGCUCUCGUUUAGUUCUGAGGCUUGCAGCGUCUCGCCUCGAAGGAAAAAUCGAAGAAGAAACGACAGCAGCUCUCUCAUUUCUUCUCGCUGUGCCAAGCGGCGGAUCAGAAACCCUAUAUAUAUAUAUAUAUAUAUAUAUAUAUAUAUGUUGGUAUGUGUGCAAUUGUGUGCGUGGAUAUUCGAGUGCCAACAGACUGUUGAAUAAGAGGAAAUCAAAGGUGAAUAGGUCUUCUCUUCGAAAUAAAGUUAAUGCGGAGUUUUUCCUUUAUGGCCUUUCUUUGUCUUUUUUGCGAAACCUUACGCAUUUGCGCGGCUUCCCUGCUUUGUCCAAUUUUUUUUUCUCCUCUCUCUUUCCGGCAUCUUCUGAUUUUCGCCUUGCUUUUCUCCUACUCUCCUCUUUCCUCGGCGUGGUCCUUCGGUGUGUACCGCCAGCAC